CCACCAUCCCUCACUUUUUGAGCUCCUCCUUCACCAUUUCCCCUCUUUCUUUCUUCUUUAUAUUUCCCUCUCUCUCGCCGAUCCCCCAACUCUCUUCCUCCAUAAUGGCUCUCAAGCUCAAUUCCCCACUGAAACUCCCAUCUCACAAUCUCCCUUCCAUUCCCCUUCCCCAUCGCAGAUCUCCAACUCUCCUCAUGGCCUCCUCCACUCUCCACUCUCUCUCCAAAUCGACUGAGGGAUCAAAGAAGCCAAAUUUCCCUCCCCGGGAAGUGCAUGUCCAAGUGACUCAUUCCAUGCCACCUCAAAAGAUGGAGAUCUUCAAAUCGUUAGAAGACUGGGCAGAGAAUAACAUCUUGGUUCACCUAAAGCCUGUUGAAAGUUGUUGGCAACCUCAGGAUUAUCUCCCAGACCCAGAAUCUGACGGUUUCUACGACCAAGUCAAGGAAAUAAGGGAGAGAUCGAAGGAUAUUCCUGAUGACUAUUUUGUGAUGUUGGUUGGUGACAUGAUUACCGAAGAAGCGCUUCCAACUUAUCAGACAAUGCUGAACACCCUCGAUGGUGUUCGUGAUGAGACGGGUGCAAGCCUCACCUCGUGGGCAAUUUGGACAAGAGCAUGGACUGCGGAAGAGAAUAGACAUGGUGACCUUUUGAAUAAGUACCUUUACCUGUCAGGACGAGUCGAUAUGAAGCAGAUUGAAAAGACCAUCCAGUACCUUAUUGGAUCAGGAAUGGAUCCCAAAACCGAAAACAAUCCAUACCUUGGUUUCAUCUACACCUCAUUUCAAGAGAGGGCAACUUUCAUCUCCCAUGGAAACACUGCUAGGCUGGCCAAGGAACAUGGUGAUUUUAAGUUGGCACAGAUAUGUGGUAUAAUUGCAUCUGAUGAAAAACGUCAUGAAACCGCAUAUACCAAGAUUGUUGAGAAGCUCUUUGAGGUUGACCCUGAUGGCACAGUUAUGGCUUUAGCUGACAUGAUGAAGAAAAAAAUUUCCAUGCCAGCCCAUUUGAUGUACGAUGGACAGGAUAACAACCUUUUUGAGCACUUCUCAUCUGUUGCUCAGCGGCUCGGAGUUUAUACUGCUAAAGACUAUGCUGACAUUCUGGAGUUCCUCGUUAGCAGAUGGAAAAUAGAGAAUUUGACAGGUCUCUCGGGUGAGGGACGCAAAGCACAAGAUUUCGUGUGCGGUUUGCCGCCAAGGAUUAGAAGGCUGGAAGAGAGGGCUCAAAGCAGAGCAAAACAAGCACAAAGAGUCCCAUUUAGCUGGAUCUUCGGUCGAGAAAUACAAGUUUAAGGGCAACGGUCUUAAAGGAAGGUGUUAAACUACUUGACUCAACUUGACAGAGGCCUUUCAGACGACAUUCGAAUACAAAAUCGGAAGCGUUUUCAUCUUUAGGUAUCACUUCCAAAUCCUAAUUGUUGAAGGGAAAAGUAUGUAGAUCAGACUGUCUUGUUGCUGCUGCUGUAUUUGUUGAUGCAACAACUAUGUCACUUCCAGCUCCUUAUUUCUUUAGAAGAAAAGGAUCAAUAUUGGCUUGAGUUUUGUUUUUCUCGUACCCAAAUAGAACGCCUAGUAAGUUUUCAACUGUUGUAAUCACCAAACCAUCUAUAAAUUUUGGCAAAAAAAAAUCCUAGUUGCACUUUUGCUUUAUUUA